CGUGAUUGGUUUAAAUCCAAGAGCUGCGGGUAGACCAACCGGUGACUCGUCUUUCGCAAACUCCGGCGUCCGGCUCGGUCCAGAGUUGAUCACAUCUUCGCCGGUGAAAAAAUGGCAACAAGAACCCAAUUUCCUCGUCUUCUACAAGACGGAGUGAGGCUUCUACGCUGCGAAAGGAAUAGCAACAGAAAUAGUAGAAGAUUCAAUCAUCAUAUACCUCAGGAUCCCCGUUUUGGGCUCCUGUUUGACAUUGAUGGCGUCCUCACCCGUGGAAGAACGCCCAUCCCCGCUGCUAAACACGCCUUCUCCAAACUUGUGGACAGUCAAGGACGGUUCAAACUGCCAGUAGUGUUUGUAACCAACGCAGGGAACACCUUACGGCAGAACAAGGCUCGCCAACUGUCCGAACUUCUUGAAGUGCAGGUGGAUCCAGAGCAGGUAGUCCUGUCCCACAGUCCACUCAAGAUGUUCAGGCAGUUCCAUGACAAACAUGUCCUGGUGUCCGGGCAGGGACCCAUCAUCGAAAUCGCCAAAAACCUCGGUUUUACAAAGGUUACAGAUGUUGACACACUACGGAACAGAUUCCCUCUGUUGGACAUGGUUGACCACAAGAGGCGUAAACACGCACCUUGUGCAUUCGAGCAGUACUUCCCAAGAAUCGAGGCAGUCGUGUUGUUUGGUGAGCCUGUGAGGUGGGAGACAAACCUACAGCUGAUCCUGGACGUGUUGCUGACGGACGGGCGGCCAUGUUACCUUCCCAAGGAGGUGCCCGACCCCCACAUGCCCAUCCUGGCCUGCAAUAUGGACCUCAUGUGGAUGGCGGAGGCACCCAUGCCAAGGUUCGGCCAUGGCAUGUUCCUCCAGUGCCUAGAGUCUGUCUAUAACAAGAUAACAGGAAAAGAACUGAAGUACACGGGGUUGAUCGGGAAGCCUAGCGACAUCACGUACCACCAUGCUGAACACGUGGUGGAAACACAGGCUCAACAACUGGGCCUCAAACAAGUCAGGACUAUCUAUGCCAUCGGUGACAAUCCCGAGGCAGACAUCUAUGGUGCCAACCUCUUCAACAAGUAUCUGCAGAAGAAAGUAGCGAAGGCUCGGGCGAAGAAGGCGGCACAGAAGGCGAUGCGGCAGGUGGAACUGGAGGGUACGGUCACCGCGGUCGUGGAGGAGGUCGGCGAGGACGUACCGGACGUGCUCGGCUGCGAGGCCUGCGAAUCCAUCCUGGUACACACGGGCGUGUACCGCCCCAACAUGGAGGAGACGCAGGAACGGAACGCAUACAGAGCCAAUCACAACGGACAUGUACAUAGAGACUUUAAGCUCGAUCCCGAGCUGAAGAAGCCGGCGUAUGAAGCAGAAGACGUAGAUGUUGCAAUAGACAUGAUCUUCAAGGUAGAGAGUGCCCAUUGACAGAGGCUUGGUGUCUGAUGGCUUGAAGUAUUUAUUUGAAAACUUCAUAUCUAUUCCCUAUAGUACCGCACCAUCUUCCAGUCCAAUCAACACUCUUAAGUAGCUAGACCAGGGCUGUCCCCAGCUUUGAUUUUUAUUUUCUGUCCCACUCACUGUUAGGGAGACUGUGAGACUUUUAAUCUGUUAUUUCAAGCUUACAAAAAUACAUUUUGCCAAUUUCAUACUAUGUGGUUCAGAUUUUUCGGAAGGACAUUGUGCAAUUUUUUCCUUUCUAAGAAGCAAAUUUCAGUCCCACUAUGGAGGGAUGGGUCCUGGAGACAGCCCUGGUCCAGGUACAGCUUUUAAAAGCUGUUCUUUUUGAAGAGUUCACUGAGGGACUGGAAUUAAGAAAUAAUCAUUGAUAUGACAUGCAAGCUGCUCAAAAUCUGCUAAUAUCUGGUUACUAAGUGAGGCAAGCAAAGAAAAGUAUUUUUCUGACAUUUGUAAAGAAGUAAAAAGUUGUUUUGCAUCUCUAAGCAAUAAGAAAAACACCGCACAGGCAUUCAGUCUGACAGGUGUCAGUCCUUCGAUAGAUGCUUUAAAUUCUGUAUAUUCUGUAUAUGUAUAGCUACACUUUAAAGUCAAGUCUUCUGGCUGGUAUAUGUAAAGAUCUUGUAUAUUACUAGUGAUUACCUUUAAAAUGAAGCGCUAUCAUUGAAAAUAUUCAGAGAGAUCAAGUAGAAUAGUGAUUUUAUGUUUUUGAUUUAGAUUGUCCAGUAGUAGAUUCACGACUCACAAACUUGGGCCAUAGAUGAAAAUAUUGUAAAAUGAGGUGCGUGGGUAAUUGAUGUUAUGUUUUUAUGAAGUAUAAAAAGAAGAUUUAGUCCUUGGAAAAAAUGUACAUCAAGUGAUUUUUACAGGUUUUCCUUUGCCUUUUAUUAGAUUUUAUUUUCAUCUAAUUUAUAGCAGUUUAACAAGAAAGUGAAGAAAGAUUUGGGACUCUAUGCGUGAUAUCUUCUAUCUCUAAUUGUAAUGUUGUGGACAGAGAUAGAAUUAUAACAUGGAAGGAGCAUGGGUGCCAAAUGUGGUGCUAUGUUUGUAUCAUUAACCCUCUCUGUGUCAAAGGUCAAAUACAAGGACCUGGAACAAGGAGGGUUACAUUUACCAACAAAAAGGGCUGCAUAUUAUUUUGAAUGAAGUCUGUGUAAAUUUGUAAUCACAACUUGCCAGUGGUGCUGGGCACCUGACUGUUCAUCUGCUGUUUCUGUUGUCUGUUUUUGUGUUUGCAAUAUAUGAAGUCAUAUUUCAUUUUGAUAUAUGUAUUUCAGAGCAAAAUCAGAGUAAAAUACCUCAUCUAUCUAAGUGUUAAGGUAAUGUCACCUCGCUAUGAGGUGGUUUAGAGUUAAGGAAGAAAAAAUGUUAUUGUUUGGUAUUUUGUGAAACCUUUGGUUUGUAACUUUGUGAAGAUCAGACUUUAUGUAGGUUGUUUCUUGUCUGUUCAUGGAUUGGUAUGUGCCUGUUCGAAAGUAAACGAUAUUAGUAGAAAUAUGA